GGGGUCGCGUGGGCUGCCCACGUGGUUACCUUGCAUCAUUGCGCCUGUCUGCCUUCACAUUGCCGGACAUUUUCUUUUAACUGGCUGUUGCUGAGAAGUCAUUUCGUCUCGGAUCGCAAAAUCGACAUCGGAAAUGAUGGCCACGCUAACAGAGAGUCCCCUUCGUCGCACCAGGUUCCAACAGCAUGUCGGCUUCGAUAACCUGCCUGUCGGCGAGGCCACCAAGAACAACCCUUCGUCGUUUACCCUGCAAGCCAGGCACUGGGGCUACCAGCCCUCGCGGAGGUCCCGCACAUUCAUGAUCGGGGUGGACGAGCAUGCCUAUUCCGAUUACGCACUCGUUUGGCUGCUGAACAACAUGGUCGACGACGGUGAUGAAGUGGUCUGUGUGAGGGUCGUAGAGAACCCCUUCCGACCUGGAGAAAGGAAUUAUCAGGAUGAGGCAAAGCGGCUGCUGCUGGCCAUCCAGGCCAAGAACGAGCUCAACAAGGCCAUUAGCAUCAUCCUCGAAUACUCGGUUGGCAAGCUCCACGACACUUUCCAGCAAUUGCUUGGGAUUUACAAUCCCUCUAUGCUAGUGGUUGGCACCAAGGGACGGUCGCUGGGGGGCAUCCAGGGACUGGUGAACACGCGAAACUCGUUCUCCAAAUACUGCCUCCAGUACAGCCCAAUCCCGGUCGUCGUGGUCAGGCCAGACGACAAGCGGCUAAAGAAAAAAGAAAAGCGUUCCCACGAUCUGUCGCGACAGAGCUACGCCGCCAUGCUGGCGUACAACGACGGCAAACAUGAGGCCGACAGCGAGGCCAGCAGCGUGUACGAGUUCGAGAGGAGCAUAUCGGCAGACGAGGAGGCGCACCGCGUCGCAGCGGCGAUUGGGCUGCCUGCGAGUUUUGAUCCCACCAUCAAACCAUACACCUCCCGGACCGCACCGCCCCGCCGGGCAUCGCCGUCAGCGGCCCCGUCGUCUUCGCUGGCCCGCUCGGUCUCGGCCUCGCCGCCUCCGACGACCCUCACUGCCGAGAGCGGCGACGAGGACAGCGCUGAUGAAGAGGACGAAUUCGAGAUCGAGGCCGUUUCAGGUAGCGAGAUUCUACAAGGAGACCGGAAACAAGCUGGGCUUGACGAGCAGAAGCAGCGGCUCCACGCUAUGGAGGUCGGCGAAGCCGCUGCCUUGCUCAAGUCGGGCAAGUCCAAGCAGCUCGAGGAUGAUGACGAGGAGGACGAUGACGCUUCCCAGGAGAGAGCCGCAGACGACGGUUCCAAAUCCUGACGUGUCCCUCUCCUCCUCUUGUCUAGCCGUCGGACGCUUCAAAGCGUGCUUCUCGGGCAGUCUCUUAGCCGAGCCAGGGGGAGCAGAAUGUUAGGGCACCUGAAGGGGCUUCAGACACGGCAUUACAAGAUACAGCAGGAUCAUGGGCGUGCACUAGGCGUUAUGAGGACAUAAUAGAGAGAGAAAUCAAUUUCUUUUGCUGGGUGGGAUGCCGGGGGGAAAGGGCGGGGUCAAGGAGUAAUG